AUGCCAUUGACGCCACUGGCCACAUGGACGCCACCUGCACCCACAGGCCUCCUGUACUACGCCACGUACGUCGGCGACUGGACGCGGUCGCUCCUCCAUCAAACGCGACGACUCUCGGACGACUGGUAUCGCAACGCGCUGCGCAGCGUGCUCAUUGCCAAGUGCGUGGCCGACGGCGGCAUGUCCCGCUGCGUCCCCACCGACAGCGCUGACGCCGACCGCUACACCAACUCGACAUGUGUGCGCAUGUUCGACGCAGGCAAUUGCCAUGACCGUCAUCUAUGCGAGCGCGCCAUGUCGUGUCGCUGGUCGCCGCCGUCGGGGUCGGCGACAUCCAUCCGAGUCGAGUUCUUUGACGACGAGCAAGCCGACGCCGCGACGUUGUGGGCCACGAUAGAGUACCCCAAGUCCAUCGCGCCGUACGCACUUCUGGGCCUGGUCAUGGCAUGCGUCGUCCUUGUCAGCAUCAUCCUCUUUGCGAUCCUGCGCUUUGGCUGCGGCCGAUGCUACGGCACGUCGCCCCUCCGGAAGGGCUACACCGUCGUGGAUCGAUGGCUGCCCAUCAUGGCCGUCGCUGUAUCGACCGCCAUGCUCGUCGCGCUUGGACUGGUCGUAUGCCUCCUCAGUCCUGGUUACAUCCGCGGCAUCAGCCGGACGCUGGACACCUUGCAUGACACCGCCACGUCCCUCGUUCAGAUCCAUGCCGACCUCUCGCGGCCGUUGACGGACCUCGCCACGUCCUUUCGCACCGCGCGCGCUGCAUUUGCAGGCGAACCCACCGGUUCCUCGCUCGCGGCAUCGUCCCUCUCGCUUCUGCCACUUGACGUUGCCAACGUCACAAACGCAUCGCACGCAUUUAUCGAUCGCUUCUCCGCUUCCCGCAUCGGGUCGUUCCCGUCGUAUGCGUGUCGACAGCCGGCGCCGACCGCGCCGCCAUACGCUGCGACUUCCAACAUGCCGUGCAUUGCGUGUCCUGACGUCGUCUGCGGUGACGCCGCGCCGCGUCUUGACGCGAUGCUCACCCCCGUCGCCGCCGUCGUCCAUGAGAUUGAAUCGCUCGCGGGAUGGGCGCGCGACCACGUCGAUGCCGUUGCCGCGACCACCGACUUGGACGCUAUCCUGUCGGCGCUCUCGUCGCUCGGGACAUCGGCCGCGGCGUUUUCAUCGACCGUCUACCCCCCGCUCCACGACAUCCUGGGCCGCGUUCAAGUUGGCGGAUUCAGCGCCGUUCUCGCCGCGUUUGCCACCGCGCUGGCGGCGUCCGUGCUCGCCCUGGUCGGCAUCCUGCAUGGGCUGCGGUCGCCCACGAGCGGAUGUCUAUACGUGCUUCAUCUAAGCUGGAUCUUGGCCAUCUCGUUCGCCAUCACGGGGUUCGUUGCGUCCGGCGCGCUCGCCGCCGCGUCCGUCGUCGCCAACGACCUGUGCCGGUCCAUGGCGGUCGUGCUGCAAACCCCAGAGCCGUUUUUGCCGCCUCCUGCUGCUGCUCUUGUGAGGACGUGCGCCAUUCCUCCGCAACCGUCCUCGGCGGCCGAUGACAUGGCCACGGCCCUUGUUGCGCUCGAGCUCGACAACCUGACUCGGCUCGGGUGUGUGCUGCACACUGGCCUCGUCGCGUCCAACGCGACCGUCGCGGACAAGCUCGGCCAAGCCGCCGCCGCCAUGCAGUCGUACAGUGCCCAGCUUGCCAGGAACGCCGUGCCCACGGCGUUUGUGAACGACGGGCUAGCGCGAUUCCUCGUAGCGCAGGCCAGCGCUGCCGCCGCGGCGCCAUGGACCCCCCACACGAUCCGAACUCCAUGGACAGCUCAUGGCCUUGUCAAUGCCACACAGUCGUGCAGCGGGGCCGCCCAUCCCGCGCUCUGCUACAUGUACGAACGAUGCGGAGAUGCCAAGGGGUGCUUUGAAAAGUUUGAAACAGCGUAUGCAUACGUCACCGCGUACGACGAGAUCGAGGCGGUUGCGGCAGCCAUGCACGUCGCGUUCGACGCGGGAGACGAGCGGCUGGCGCGGCAAGUGCAGGCGGUCGUGGACGCGCUGCGCGCGGCCGCGACAACGCAGCAGGCGCAAUUGCAACAAAGCCCGAUUGGAGACGUGGCCCGCCGCACGCGCGGGCUUCAAUGCGUUUCGAGUAUCUCGUGUGGGUUUGUUCGCACCAGCGCGGCCAAGCUCGAGCACUACUUUUGCAAAGACACCGCGCGGUUUACGGCGCUGGCGGCGGCCGCGCUCUUCGUCGCGAGCGGAUUGUACCUGUGUCUGGCGCUGGCGACGCUGAUGCUGCAGAAGCGCCUCCAGGGACGCGUCAAGAUGAUGUGGUGGAAGCGGCGGAGCGUGCUGGCGCGCCAGAAGAAGCGAGGCACCGCCGUGCCAUCGUCCGUGUCGUCGUCAGACUCGGUGGCCGGCCCGCCGCCGCGACCCGUGCGCAUCAGCGGCCUCGUCAUCAUGCCAGAGCUCCAGGCGAAAGACCCUGCCAUGUCGUCGUAG